CAUAAUCUGUGGAUUCUACUGUCAAAGUGACGUGUGCGCUUCAACGAGUGUUUUUCUCAUUUCUCUCCCCACGUGAAGAUAUAUAAUCAUUGUGAAAUAAAUUGAAAUUGAAAGUUAAUCGCGCAUCUGAACAGCAAUCAUGGCGGUCCGUGUACAAUUCGAGAAUAACAAUGAAGUGGGGGUGUUUAGCAAAUUGACAAAUUCCUAUUGCCUCGUUGCUAUCGGAGGCUCAGAAAAUUUCUACAGCGUGUUCGAAGCCGAGCUCGCAGAAACGAUUCCCGUGGUGCACGUCAGUAUCGCGGGGUGUCGUAUCAUCGGCCGGAUGACCGUUGCCAACAAGAACGGACUUCUGGUGCCAGCGGCGACCACCGACACAGAGUUACAACACAUACGCAACAGUCUACCGGACACAGUCAAGGUGCAGCGUGUAGAGGAGCGCCUCAGCGCGCUGGGGAACGUCAUAGCGUGCAACGACUAUGUAGCGCUCGUGCACCCCGACCUGGACCGCGACACAGAGGAAAUUCUCGCAGACACACUAAACGUAGAAGUGUUUCGGCAGUCCGUGGCCGGAAACGUUUUGGUCGGUUCAUACACCGCGCUCAGUAAUCGUGGGGGCUUAGUUCACCCAAAAACUACCAUACAAGAUCAGGACGAGCUCUCAUCCCUCCUACAAGUUCCGUUAGUUGCGGGUACAGUAAACCGAGGCAGUGAUGUAGUAGCAGCGGGGAUGGUGGUGAACGAUUGGUGCGCGUUUUGUGGCAUGGACACGACGUCGACAGAGAUCUCAGUGAUUGAGAGUGUGUUUAAACUGAAUGAUGCCAAGCCUACAGCCAUCACCUCCACAAUGCGUGCCUCACUCAUUGACAGCAUGUCCUAAACCCUGCAAGAAAUGCAACUAUGAGGUUCACUUGUCAUUCAUAAAUAGCAUCAGUUCUGUUGAGUAUUGUUUAAAGAAGAAGUGAGCAAAAAUGUAAACAUUGUACAUUUGAGGCAUAACCUCAAAUUAUGUUUUUAAUUGUUUUAAUAAACAAAAAAGGUAAUAUCAGAUUUAAAAUUAUGAUGCAUACAUUAUGAAUAUAAGAAAUCUUGAUCUUUAAGGUAAAUAAAGGAGUAGAAAUAUUAUUUUGUUUACAUUUUUUACAACUUCUAUAUAAAGUUAUGUUAUGACAAUUGAUACCAAAUAGUUGUGCUACCCCAGUGUUGCAGAGGAUCUUAUGUGAUAUGUUUAUUCAAUUUUGAUAAGUUGUGCACCUUUAAAAUUGCACAACAGAUUGUGCAAUCAUGCACUGGCAAUGUCCCUUAAUUUACAUAUGUGUAUACAUAAGUAAUAAAUUGUAAAUCUAUAUUA